GGUCUGUGCCACAUCAACAAAGAGAAAACAAAAGAACCCAAGAACGAAGUUGGAUUUAAAAUUAGUGUUUUUUAGGAAAAGUUUUGAAACAGUCUCCUGUAUAAAAGUUAACAUUGUUCAUGUUAUAUCAUUACGAAAUAGAAAAUUUCAUUCCAUCAUGUUAAAUGAAAAUAUUUGCAUCACUUUGUACAACGUUUUUCCUGUACUACAAAAUAAGCUCGCUAUCGUACAUGUCAGCGACGAACAAAUUUCACAUCUUUCGUUACAACUCGAAAGACUGCGGAACCUGCCAACGAUAUACGAAACUGUUUUCUUCAAAAUUGAUCAACUCCUUCGCAGUGAAACUGUGCCCAAAUUCUGGCGUAAUUUCGAAAGACCGGAGUCAACACAAAGCACUUAUAAUCGACAUUUUUUUCGCUUCCAACGUGCCGUUCAGGAUUUGUAUCAAGACUUUGGCCGGUAUUACCUUCAAUUGAAGCGAUUGAAUAAACUGAAGCAAGGGAUAGUGCUGCCGGUUGAUGUGGCCAAAAAGCCCAGUGAUUUGAGUGAAUUCACUCGAUUGUUUCGUUGCGCUCUAUUGGCACAGCUUCCUAACGACUUCAAUGAUUUGGUUUAUGAGUUCUACAGCAUCGCGUUCAAGGUAUUUGCCUUGACGCAUGCGGAAGGUGAUGAUUGUAUGGAUAUUCCGGAUGCGUAUCAAUGCACCGCAUGUGGCUCAGAAGCGGCCUCAUGUCAAUGUCAAAGCUUGGCAAAUGCUUUCACAAGUACAAAUCAACAACUUGCAACAAUGGGACUGCUGGAUAAGAUUGCCGGAUUCACUUUGACGACCUUGAUCCAGGAUCGAAUAGACGCCAAGAUCGGGGAAACGAAAGAAAAUUUUUCUGUUUCACACGUGGAUUCGUUGGAGAGAUGGCUAAAUACGGUGGUGUUGCAAUGGCUAACAAGGAUCUACAAUAGAGGAUCGCUGACCAUUGAGCCAGGCAACAGUAAGAUCCAGGAGGCGAUCCGCAACUUCCAAACCAAGUUGAGCUUCUAUUUGUACGAGACCUAUGCAAAUGCAAUUAUUGAUCAAUUCUUCGUGAUUAUAAUAGACUUUCCUAUGUCGCAAGCGGCAAUCGAUGAUUUGAGACUCUGUUUUGAAAAGAUCGAUUUAAAAAGUCAUUUGGUGAAAACUAUGAAGAGCACUUUAGAGAACAAGCUCCUACAUCCAGGAGUAGACACCCCAGAUAUUUUGACCGGUUACGUGGCAGCGAUUAAAGCACUGAGGCAUCUGGACCAAACAGGAGUGCUUCUGCAAACUAUAACAGAGCCUGUUAAAGAGUAUCUGAGGAGCCGGCCAGAUACGGUUCGAUGUGUGGUCACUGGACUGACGGAAGAAGGCUGCUCGGAUCUUUCAGAAGAGUUAGCAAGAAGCGAUCAUAUCAAAAUGAAAGAGAACGCCAACGAGAAGCUUGAACUGACUGAUUGGGAAAAUUGGAAUCCGGAUCCAGUAAACGCUGAUGUGGUGAUAGCGAAAGAUGCUCGAUGUGGACGGCCUUCGGAUAUAAUUUCAAUGGUAGUCGAUAUUUAUGGUAGCAAGGAAUUGUUUGUUAAUGAAUAUCGUAAUCUACUUGCCGAAAGAUUGCUGUCCCAGCUCGACUCUAACCCAGAAAAGGAGAUUCGUAAUUUGGAGCUCCUGAAACUUCGCUUUGGUGAAACAAUGUUGCAUAGUUGUGAAGUUAUGUUGAAAGACAUGAAUGACUCAAAAAGAAUCAAUGCACACAUACUUUCAGAGGAGUCAGGUUUUGUUCAAGAGCGACCGUUUGAACUCUCGGCCUUGGUCGUUUCGUCCCAGUUUUGGCCUACAUUCAAAAAAGAAACUAUGGAACUUCCUCCGACCAUUAAGGAUAUGUUUAAUCAGUAUACAAAAGCAUUUGAGUCGUUCAAAGACAAUCGCACCCUCCAAUGGACUCCGUUGAACGGAAAAGUAGUUAUCGAACUGGAACUAGACGGUAAAACAACGGAAAUGCAAGUCACUCCAGCUCAAGCCACAAUUGCCAUCCAUUUCAGCGAACAAAAUGAAUGGGAUCUUGAUAAGCUAGGUCAGAAAAUGAAUAUGCCGCCGUCAAUCCUACGCAAGCGAAUGGUGUUUUGGCAAUCGCAAGGCAUGAUCCGAGAAACUAAGGAGAAUUACUUCGUUCUGAAUGAUCGAAACAACAAACCGGAGGCAGCGGAAGAACUACAAACGCAGCAACCGGAAAUGUGCGAGGACGAAGAGGCGGAAAGCGCUAUGGAAUCCGCCAGCGACCAACGAGAAGAGGAACUGCAGGUAUUUUGGUCUUAUAUCGAGGCGAUGCUCACAAACUUGGAUUCGUUGCCGUUGGAACGGAUCCAUCAGAUGUUGAAGAUGUUCGCCUCACAGGUUGAUUUCACCCCGGACGAGUUGAAAAAUAUACUGCAGAGGAAAGUUCGAGAACAUAAGCUGGUCUAUGCUGGCGGUGUAUAUCAACUACCAAAAUCAGGAUUUUAAUAAAUAAAAUAUAAAAAUAA